AGCAGUCCAUGAAGUUUCUUCACUACUUUUAUAACUCUCCUCUCUUACUUACUCCUCUCCACUUAACCCAUCUCUCUCUGUUCUUCUCUGUUUUGCUCUCUCCUCACACUUGUUUACAUAAUCUAAACAUCUCUUAGUUUAGCUUCAGUUUUAGUAAGGAACAUGGACCAAAGCAAUGCUCUUCUUAGCUGGGCUUACUUCUCUCAUGGAAAGACAACGGAAGAGUUAAGACAGACUCUUGUGUACACUACACUAGAGCUAGAACAAACGAAGCUCGUGGCUCAAGAGGAACUAAGGAAGAGAGAUGAACAAUUAAUCCAUCUUGAAGAUGUUUUAACCAAAACCCUCAAAGAAAGAGACGAAGCGUUAGAGAAAUGUCAUCAUCUCAUCAUCAACAAUCUCUUGCUUCAACAGAAACAACAUCAGAAUCAGAAACAAGAACUUAUCACUCCUCCUUUAUCUGGAGCUUCAAGUAUUAUUGAAGACGAGCAAGUUCAGCCUCAGCCUCAGCUUAACUCCAACAAGAGCUUUUCGUCUUCAGACACCGAAGAGAGCAUAAUGUCACCAUCAGUAAUCGAUCCGGUGAUGAUGAACCAACAACAAAUUGAAGUCUCAGGAGAUGAGAUGAUGGCUACAUUGUUACCUGAAAAGCCACUUCCUGAAAAGGGAAAACUCUUACAAGCUGUUAUCAAGGCUGGUCCUUUGCUUCAGACACUUCUCUUAGCCGGUCCUUUACCUCAAUGGCGUCAUCCUCCACCACCACUUGAGACCUCUGAGAUCCCUCCAGUCACCAUCCCACCACCUCAGUUUCAGAACAAUGGUUGUGGUAACACCAACAAGAAAAGGGCAUUCUCAAUCUCAGAUGAAACAUACUCAGAAACUAAGUAUCAGAAAGUUCUUCUCCAUUAACAAGAAACUACGCCGGAUCGAGCUGCUACUGAUCUAUUUUUCUCCUUACUCAACAAAAGUACUAAUAUAUAGUCUUCUAAUAUACCAAUACACAGAUCACUUUCAGUAUUAGGGUUCUAGUGAGAGUGAUCUUUUUUAGUCAGUUUGUUGUAGAUAGAGCUUGAUUUUAAAGUUUGUGAGGAGAGUGUGAAUCUGAUCCAUUUAGGGUUUAGAUUUAGAGAGUGAUGGGAAUGAAACUCCCCUGGUUUAACUCAAAAACUCAAACUUGAGUUUUUUUUUUUUACCAAGUGUGAGAGUUUUGCUUAUUUGCUUUUCUUUUUGUUUUGCUGAUUGAUUUGUUUUGUUUCCUAAACCCAAUUACACAUCCAUGUUUUGGCUCCAUGAAUGUAAAACUAUUGGGAUGUUUUGUUUUUUUCCAAUUUGUUAUCAUCUAUGUUCA